UAAGAGUCUGUGUUUGGAGAAGGACAACAGUAAAGAUGUCUGCUCCUGUAGUACGUGCUACAGUGAGAGCCGUAACUAAAAGAAAAUUAUUACCCACUAGAGCCGCGUUAACAUUGACACCUUCAGCUGUUAACAAAAUUAAACAACUCCUUCAGAACAAACCUGGAUAUAUUGGACUGAAAGUGGGUGUUCGUACCAGAGGAUGUAAUGGUCUGUCUUAUACUUUGGAGUACACAAAGGAAAAGGCACAGGCGGAUGAAGAAGUACUUCAAGAUGGUGUUAGAGUUCUCAUUGAGAAAAAGGCCCAGCUGACACUGUUGGGAACAGAAAUGGACUAUGUCGAAAACAAAUUAUCCAGCGAAUUCAUUUUUAAUAACCCAAAUAUCAAAGGGACCUGUGGUUGUGGAGAAAGCUUUAAUAUUUAAAUUUUGUUUCAUAGCUUAAGGUGUAAAGAAUUCUGCACAUCUCUACAUUAUUUUGUACAUUUCGGAAGUAUUUCUACUCUAACUAUAUGCGUCUUUUGGUACCUUUUUCCUGUGCAUCUGUGAAGUCUACAAGAAGUAACUUAAACAAUAAAUUGAAUGAGCACUAAUUAGAACCUAUAGUGUGUACAUGCAACUAUAAAUAUGCAGUAAUACUUACAGGCCCACAUAGUUAUGUUAUUUAAUCUUGGAUUUAAGUUUGAGGUAGUGUAAAAAUGUUUCUCUAUAACAGAAUAGUGUUAGAUUUGAUUUAUUUUGAAUAAAAAAACGCAAUUUUUAAAAUUUCACAUCAUAAGUUAGGAAAUACUCUAGACUUGUAAUACACAGCAUGUCCGUGAUAUAAUUGACCUGUAAAAGUUAGUAUAUUUGGAUAAUAUAGCAGAUUAUUCAUAAGCAAUAUAUUGCUUAUCAUUCAAUAUUUCAAUUAAUAAGCCUGUGUAGUCUACAAAUCAAUGAAAAUGUUUUGAAUUUGUCAAUUAAUGCUAUGUAUAGCAUACAUUUAGAAUAUAAGUGGCUGUUAAAUACACACAGAAUCCAUCUCUAUUUAAUUUUUUUUGUUUUCUUUCCAGAUUUUGCCUCAUAAUUCAGUCAUUUUAUUAUUACAGUAAGGUAUUAUUUAGAAUAAAAGUUAUUAGAGUUCUUAAGAGUAAUUCUUAUCUGAAAACAUAAAUGGUGAGACGUGAGUCAAUAUGAUCAAAAUUGUUUCAGGAAAUUUAAACCUUAAAUAUAUAUAAAAGACAAACAAUCUGAAUUAUAUAUACAUUAAUCUUCUGUUCUAUAGAUGAAACAGCUAAUACUUAAUAUUUAGUCCUUUCAACAGACCUCUGAUAAGUUCCUUGUUUUCAUUCUCUGUGAGAGUGGUAGAAUCUAACAAUCUGCAGAUUUUACAUUUUUAGAAGAAUGCCAAUAUUUGUCAUCUUUUUUUCCUGCAUCCUUUUUUUUUUUUUCCCUUCUGUACACCUGAGCUGGCUGGUUUGGCUGAGAGGUACAAUAAAUAGAGAUUACUUCAUUCUUAGAUACUGCUUAUUUUUGUUAGACGCUGAUGACGCACAAUAUGUAAGUGAAAGUUGGUUUUGAUUAAUGAAAACAAAAAGGUAGUUGAUAACUGCUGUUUUUAUUUUCUUUCAUUACAUCGAUACCUUUUAUGUUAUUACUAAGUAAAGACUUGCUAUACAUUUGACAUACAUUUACUAAAACGUACUGCAGUUAUUUAUGCAGGUGUUCCUCAUGAUGACAGAGACCUCUUUUAUUUCUAUAGGACUUAAAGUAGCACUAAAUAUGACACUUUACUAUGUUUUGCAUUUAAUAAAACUUGAACAUGGUGAAAUGCGCAUCUGUUUUUAAAAUAAAAAUUGAGGAGAGCCCAGGAUACUUAUUGCACUGUGAUUGUUACAGUCAUGAAAAUUUAAUUAUGACCUUUGUAAAAUAUAAAUAUUUUAAUUGAACAUGUACCUACUAAGGGGCAACACCAUUUGUUCCCUGUAGGUCAAUAUAGAUUGCAUUAAAUAGAUUAUUAAUAAAUUGUUGGACAACUAAUAAUUAAAUUUAUAGUUUAGCCAAAACCCUUAACAGUUUCAAAUGGGAGUUGAUUUUAAACCUUUAUACUGAAAAUGUAUGAUUUAUUUUAUUAAUUCCAAACAUUUACUGUUAAAGGGAAAAAGAUAUGCAACAUGGAAAAAUACAUUUAAAAUGCAAUGUAUCAGAGAUCAGUAACUGAAGACUCCCAUGACAAGUUGUAGGGUGUGGCCUUGGAUACUCACAGUAGUGUAUUGGGUACAAAAAUUUGGGGAAACAGUUUACUUUGAAUUUUAUUUUCUGAUAUGACAAACUCAGAAGUAUGGAAAUAUUUUAUUGUUAAUCAUAAACUAGCAUGCACUACUUUCUCAUUGACCCCAAAUUUUUUUUUUUUUUUUCCUCAGUGAAUUGCUGUAAACAUGACAAAAAAUGUUUAUUUUUUGCUUUUGAAAACCAGUAUAAAUAAUGCAUCUUAUAAGUAUUGUAAUACUGGGCACUGCUGUCCCAAGUAAGUGUGUGUUUUCUGUUGAGGUUGGGUAAUUUUCUUUGACUUGGCUUUAUUAUUGAAUUUUAAGUGCCAGCCAUGUCACUGACCUGAAAGUAUGUCUGACCAGGUGUAGUUCAUACCAAAUGUGACAAUAUAUAGUAAGAUUUAGUUGAAAUCUGUAAAAUGUAAAAAAAAAAAAAAAAUCCUAUUUUAAAGCUGGCAAAUACAAGAUAUGCUACAAUGUGAAAUGAAUUUAGACUGAAAUUCUACGCACAAUACCUGUUCUGUUUUCAAAGUGUGGGUGAGGCUGAUAUGUCAUUGAAUUGUUAAAUGAGUGUACCAGUACUGUAUGUAAACAUUAUGACACAUGCCUGGUUGUCCGAAUUGUGCUGUGUAUGUUAUGUACAAAUAUGUCAUCUUUGACAAUAAAAAGAUAUAAAUAUUCUGAA